GCCUCUCCUUCCUGCGGCGCCUUAGGGACCAUGGCCGAUCCUCGCGUGAGGCAGAUCAAGAUCAAGACCGGAGUAGUGAGGCGAUUGGUCAAAGAAAGAGUGAUGUACGAAAAAGAAGCAAAGCAGCAAGAAGAAAAGAUUGAAAAAAUGAAGGCUGAAGAUGGAGAGAACUACGCCAUUAAGAAGCAGGCAGAGAUCCUGCAAGAGUCCCGGAUGAUGAUCCCAGAUUGCCAGCGUCGGUUAGAGGCUGCAUAUACUGAUCUUCAGCAGAUAUUAGAAAGUGAAAAAGACUUGGAAGAAGCCGAGGAGUAUAAAGAAGCCCGUGUAGUGCUGGAUUCCGUAAAGCUAGAAGCCUGACAUUUUUCUGUAUGGGAUGUUUUUUUGCAUUAAAUCCUGGGGUCCAUUCUACAAUUCAUUGUUUUCAGCCACUGCUGUGUUUAAUAAUAUGAAAACGUGGUUCUUUUUAUGCAGUUGCAUUUAUUUUUCUUUGCAUAACUUAAUGUGUCAAAUAAAUGAGUUCAUCUAAUAAAAUUGUUUGUUUUAUACUUUA